UUCAGUGCAGUAUGUCGCUCUCUUCACACCUGAAGGGCGCUGGUAGGAUGCUGAAGACUGUGCUCCCCCGUCUUGUGACCACGACUGCCGCUUGUCGCCCGCCAUCUCUACAUCUGACGUCACUGUCAUCUCUACCGUCAGGGAAGAGGUCGUCAGAUGGCGCUGCUACGUCAACGAUACGAAGAGAGAUGUCUGGAGAUGUGGCAGGUGCCGAGACACCUUCCUUUCAAUACUUCUGGCAGCCUGGUUCUGGCUUCUAUGGCGAAAAUCUCGGAAGACUGACACAACCUUCGGUUGACAUUUGUGAAGAAAUUGUUUUAUCUCAUAUCGACGCAGUGCCGAUGCCUUCACCAAAAGGUGUGUUCACCAUUGGUGACUAUGGAACGUGCGAUGGGUCAGUGUCUCUACGACUGAUACACAAGGUCAUCGACCACUUGCGAAACAAACAUGGACCCGAUCUGAAGAUUCAGGUGUUGUACGAAGAUCACGCCUCCAACGACUACAACAGUCUCUUCAAGACUAUUUACGGUCAAACCUCGUACAUGACCAAGUUCACCAACGUGUUCCCCCUGGUAUGUGGCACUAAUUUCUACAAGCAGUGUGUACCUGACAACACCUGUGACAUCAUCAUGUCCUCAUUCGCCACGAUGUAUUUGAGUAACGAGAGUCACGUGAGAUGCUCCAAUACAAUGUUCCCCUGGCGUUCGACGUCGGAAGAGGAGCUGCGCGCUCACCGCGAGGCGGCAGCACGUGACUGGCGGACGUUCCUCCUCCACAGAGAAGCAGAACUCAAACCAGGUGGACUUCUUUUCGAUACUCACUCUGCUAAACUCCAGGGGAGCAACCCUCCACAGACUCGCACUUUGACCUACCCUCUCGCUGAAAACUUCACUGGAGAGGGAGAAGAAAGCGUCCAAGAUAUUUGGACUUCGUUUGAUUUAAGCUGGCAGGAAUUAUACGUAGAAGGAUUAAUUACAAAAGAGGAGUUCCAGUCGUGCACUCUUCGGGUGACAUUCCGGACUUUACAGGAAGUAAAAGCUCCUUUCGAGAAUGCCGCCAUGUCUCCAGUCCGACAGGCUGGUCUCAACUUGUUAAAGGACCCACAAGAGUUUCUCACUCAUUGUCCUGUAAAGACACUAUGGCGACAAAAGCUACAGACUGAUGGCGUUGACGACAGAAUGAUGUUUGCUCAACUUCUCGCAAAGGCAUUUGGUGUUGUAUUAGAUGGGACUUUGAGGAACACUUUGAGAAACACACGACCUGCUGAGGAACACUUGUCCAUAAUCCAAUGCUUCCAGCAGAGGUUCAUUCAAAGAGUUGCUGCACUGAACCCAGAGACUUUCAGAAGUGAACCAAUUGUGAGGAUCCUUGCUGCGCAGAAGUCAAAAUGACUGGGCCGACUGCUUGGCCGUGAUGUAACUGCUGUCUCCAUGUUGUCUACACGAUCUCUAAUGGAAGCAGCUGAGGCAACAAUGUCUGCAAAUAGAUGACUGAAAAUUUGCUACAAACCUUUGAUUACAAAAGUAGCCUUUAGUAAAAAGAAGCCCCGCUCAGUGCUUUAAACAACCGACGCAAAAGAAAAUCCUUUUGUAGCGAAAAUGGAUACUGGUCUACACAAAGUGAACACAAAGUUCCUGUGGCUGUAUCUUGAAUGAAGUAGAAGAUAAAUAAAUGACUGAAAACUCCUUAAAUUUUCUACUAAACUGCAUAUGCUUGUCGCUUAUCCAGUGGAUGGCAUCCCUGCAGAUGAUGACGUCACAAGAGUGCUCAGCAACACACAGAUUGUAGAAUUUAGUGGCGCAGGUCAGAAUGAAGACUUUGUCCAUUUUCGACAGGAAGGAGGCUCCAUCUUCCACAAUAGAAACAAAAUUGUUUUCUGUAAUUUAACGUGGUCGUUGUUAUUUAUUGUAUAUGUUUUUGUUUUUUUGCU